AUGGCCAACGUCCACCACGACGCCGAGCCGGAGCACCUGCCCGUGCCGCUGAUCCACAACGCCGACGCCGAGACCAUCCCCGACCAGUAUGUGGUGGUCUUCCGCCCGGACAUCUCGGUGGCCGAGGCCCGGGUCUUCGCCGACUCCCUGGACAUCGGGCGCUUUGUCCACAUCGGCAGCCAGUUCAAGGCCGUGUCCGGGCGCAUGACGGCCGGCAUGCUGCGCCGGGUCCGCACCCGGCCCGACCUCGUGCAGUACGUCGAGCCGGACCAGGUGGUCCGCGUCGGGGCCAUCACCCAGCCCAACGCCCCCUGGGGCCUGGACCGCGUGGACCAGCGCAACAUCCCCCUGGACACGCAGUUCUCCUACUACAACCACGGCGGGUCCGGGGUCAAUGUCUAUGUCCUGGACACCGGCAUCAACCAUGCGCACAUCGACUUCGGCGGCCACGCCUCCCACGGGUACAACUUCCACGACAACAAUGGCAAUGCCAAUGACGACAACGGCCACGGCACCCACUGCGCCGGCACCAUCGGCAGCUACACCUGGGGCGUGGCCAAGAACGCGGCCCUCAUCAGCGUCCGGGUGCUGGGCACCAGCGGCGCCGGCGUCAUGUCCAACGUCAUCGCCGGCGUGGCCUGGGUGGCCGAGCGCCACAAGCAGGCCUUCCGCAAGAAGACCAUCGCCUCCAUGUCGCUCGAGAGCGAGGCCUACGCCGCCCUCGAUGAGGCGGUCGCGGCCGCCAUCAAUGCCGGCGUCGCGGUCAUCGCCGCCGCCGGCAACAGCAACCGCGAUGCCUGCCUCAGCUCCCCGGCCCGGGUGUCCUCCGCCAUCACGGUCGCCGCCACCGACAAGUACGACAACCGCGCCUCCUUCUCCAACUGGGGCUCCUGCGUGGACAUCUUCGCCCCCGGCGUGGCCAUCACCUCCACCUGGAUCGGCUCCACCACCGCCACGGCCACCCUGUCCGGCACCUCCAUGGCCGCGCCCCAUGUGGCCGGCGUGGCGGCCCUCGCCCUCGGCCAGGGCGGCGCCCUGACCCCGGCCUCCCUCAAGAACACCCUCCUCCGCAAUGCCACCCCCAACGUCGUCAAGGACCCCCGCGGCUCGCCCAACCGCAUGGUCUUUGCCCCCUUCAACUAGGGUCCUGCCUCGCUCCUUUUUUCUUCCCUCCCCGGCCCCGUUCCCCUGGCUCCUUGUCGGCCCCCCUCGCUCCCAAUAGACGCACGCACACCCCUCGGCUG